AUGGGUGUCACAGUUAAGCAGCUCCAGCCCGGCGACGGCAAGACCUACCCCAAGAAGGGAGAUGCCGUCACCAUCCACUACGUGGGCACUCUGGAGAACGGCCAGAAGUUUGACUCUUCUCGAGAUCGAGGCGAGCCCUUCAAGACCACCAUUGGUGUCGGCGAUGUCAUCCGAGGAUGGGACGAGGGUGUCCCCAAGCUCUCUCUCGGCGAGCGAUCCGUGCUCACCAUCUCCGGUGACUACGGCUACGGCGAGCGAGGUUUCCCCGGCCUCAUCCCCCCCAACGCCACUCUUGUCUUUGACGUUGAGCUCCUCGGUAUCAACUAA